CGGAUUUGCAGACUUUAUCGAACGCCUUUCACAUACCGUUACUCUCAACCUUUGAUGGAGUGGGCACGCAAAAGAAAACUAGGUUCUGAUAAAUCUGCCGGAAGCUGAAAGAACCAUCCACCAUGGACGACCAACAACACGAUCUUUCCUAUCCGGACCCUGCGUCUGGAUAUCACAUAACACCUUAUCCCGAGUUAUCUCACCAGACAGAUCCGUACAGUUAUGCAUACACUCAACCGGAAGAGGACUACUAUCCUCCUAUGCCUCAAGCUCUCAUGCAUGAAGGUUUCAUGCCGCGUGGACCACAGCCUCUGAUGCACGAGGGUUUCAUGCAUGGGCAUGACAUGGACGCAGACUCAGAUGUUGAUGAAGACCCGAGUGCUGGUUAUGGUGCUCUACAAGCUCAGUACGGCCUCAACUUUGUCCUGAAUCCCCAAAGCGCCCAUGCCGAUUUCAGUCACAACAACAACCACCAAUUCAACAACCAUGACGAAAUCAUCUACGAAGACGAUUUUGAAGGAGAAGACUCUCAACUUCAUCGACAUCGUCUGGACAGCGCUGAGCGCGAACUCUUGGAUGCUAGAGAUAACCCUCGGAUUGACCCCGACUUUGCAAUGUCUGAUGGAGGCGAUGAUAGUUCCGACGCGUCGAUCAAUUCCGAGCUUCUUAAUGCGAUUCUCGACGAAGAGAUUGCUGCAGGAUCUCGUGGUCGUGGAAAAGGUCGUGCACGCGCGCGUGGUAAUGCCACCGGGCGUAGACGUGGUUGGAAAUGGGCUAUCAAAGGCACAGAUCACGAUCCCAAAAUGGCAAAGGGAAGAGGUCGUGGCCGAGGCCGACCAAGAGGAAAUGGUGUCCCACGUGGAGAGGGCCGCCGCAAGGCUGGCGACAAGAGAAACACGGUCGCGGAACCCGAUCCGGAGUUCAAAAGAUUGCAGUCACUCGCCACGCAAGCCUUCUUGAAUAACAACUAUCAGGCCGCUGCAGACUAUGCGCGUGAUGCUGUCAAGGCUAAUCCGGAGAUCUUCGCUGCUCACAGUUUGUUGUCUGAGAUCCUAUUGGCACAAGGUAAAGAUCAAGACUCGCUGACUGUGCUUCUGCACGGUGCUCAUACAAGACGCGACCCAGCUCUUUGGUGGACUGUUGCGGAACGAACUCUCGAACUGGCUGGAGAUAAUCGUUCUCCCUCGGUGUUAGAACAGGCUAUCUAUUGUUUCGCAUGGGCGAUCAAGCUCGAUCCCGAUGACUAUGACGCUCGUCGCGAGAAGCUGAAUCUGCUUCUGGAGUCCGAUCAACCCGCAAGGGCUAGAGGGGAAGCCAAGAUGAUGGUCCGUCAAAAGCCCCAUGACCUCAAUAUUGUCAGGCAGUACGCCGAUUUGUGUGCAUACUCGGCCAGUCUACCGGAGAUCCGGCGAGCAAAGGACGCCUAUGAUGUUGCGAUCAAUUUCUACUUCAAGGGCAGAUCCCUCGGUGUUCCAGAAACACAAUGGUCACAUCUCAACGUAUAUCUCGAUCUGGUUGAGAAGUGUGAGAAUCCCGCUCAAGCAGCUUUCCACCUGAAGAAGCUGUCAAGAUGGUUACUUGGCAGGAAAGAAGACACUUUCUGGGAUACCGUAACCGGAGACGACAGAGAAUUCGACAACGAUGAUGUGCCUCGUAGAAUCCAGAUACCGGAGUUCAAGUACAGUCGAUUUGCUGGUCAGAAUCAAUUGUACGGCGAGGGUCUUCCUCUCGAACUGAAGGUCAAGCUUGGUCUGUUCCGCGUCAAGGUUAGCCGAGCCGAUCUUCCAGAAGCGAUGCGCCACUUCCAGCAACUACUCGACCUCAAAGACGAUGUUGCAGAUUACUACGAUCUGUUCAGAGAUGUUGCAGAAGGUUUGAUCGAGCAGACUUACUAUGCAGAGGCAAUCCUAUUCUAUGAGCCCAUCAGAUCAGUCCCCGAGGCUUGUGAUCACGAGUACUACAUGAAGCUCGCCGACUGCUACAUGAUGUUCAGUCGCAACUCAGAUGCCGAGUCGUGCUGGAAGUUUAUUGUCGACAAUGACCCAGAAGACAUCAAGUCACGUAUUGCGUUGGCAAAGCUGUAUGAAUCUGAGCAGAGAAUGGCAGAAGCUGUUCCGCUGGUACACGAGGUCAUUAGACUUGGCCGAAGUGAUGCGGUGAAGAAGGCGAAGAUCACUGUCGACAAGCCACCUCCACCACGAGCGCUUGCACCUCUCAUGCCACGUCCUGAUCAACCUGCAUCGUCUGGCAGGCAUGCCGGCCCGGUUUCCAGACACUACUCUCUGGGACCCAUGCCGGAAGAUGGAGAAGACGGAGACUACCAAGACGAAGAGCAGGAAGAAGAGGACGAGGAGGAAGAUGAAGACGAAGAACCAAUCAUGCUCCGCCCCAGCAAACGUGGCCGCAAGGCAACGAAACCCAAAGCUCCCAAAGCACGGGUGUCACAGACCUUUGAACGUCUUCAGCAACAAGAUCAACGCAUCAAAGCCAACCAUGUCCUCGUCAACUCGGCCAGAGAGACAUUGGAUGACGAUGAAGAUGCUGUACAGACCUACUUUGAAGCAGCACAAGAGAUGAUGGACGACUUCAAGACAGUGCGCGCCUUCUACCCAGGUCGUGACAAGCACAUCAAAUUCACUGGAUACGGUCGCAAUAACAAGAAUCCUUUGAUCGCCGAGAUGGAAGCAAUGAAGAAGCGAAUCGCCAACGAUGACAUGGACAUGGACGACGACGUCCCUGACGAAAGCAUCCCGGACAACUUCCACGACAUCAAAUUCACAGAGUGGCUAGACAUUUUCUGUGAAUACGCACUCCUCCUCGCCAAAGCCGCGGAUCGAGAAAAAUGCUAUGAGAUCCUGACAAACACACAUUUCGCCACAGUCUUCUAUCACAAUCUCGCCCACAAGUCUCAAAUCCACGCUACAUGGAUGGCAUGUGCACUGCUUCUCAACGACGAGCAAAAAGUGUGUGAAGUAGGCCGUUUCUUUAUUACAGAAUGGCCACAUUCAGGAGCGGCAUAUCAACUCUUCGCUGCUGUAAAUCGACUUUUUGCAGGCUAUAGUAAUUGGUUCAAUAGCGGACCCACGCAAAAAUUCAUCCUGCGUCAAGUAAAAGCACUUGAUUACGCCUUGCUGGACCCAGAGUCCCGCGCCGCUUAUGCCUUCACCGGUCAAGAGCGUUCUUCCUACACACAUGCCGGAAAACGUGACGCCAAUCCCUAUAACCUUCCAGACCUUGAUGCCGGUGUGUUGUCACUAUACGGACACAUCAUGGCAGCAGCACAAUCCUGGACUUCUGCCCUCAAUUACUACUUCAGAGUGCUUACUCUGGACAAAGGCAAUGUGAGUAUCAAUCUCUGCAUCGCCACCGCAUAUAUGCAAAUGGCCAUGAAAAGACAAGCCGAAAACCGACACUGGCAAAUCUAUCAAGGUGUCGCAUUCCUCCAACGCUACGUAGAUUUACGCAAAGCAACUGGCUUGGCUAUCCAUGAGCAAGAAGCCGCAUACAAUGUAGCCAGAUCAUGGCACCUACUUGGAAUCAUGCAUCUAGCCAUCCCAGAGUACGAGAAAGCACUCGCACUAGCGGAAAAGGUCAGAGAAGAAGCGAGGGAAAAGGCAAGGAGAGAGGAUAGUGAUGGUGAAGAUGACGAGCAAGAUGGAGAAAUUGAUGCAGAGGAAUUUACACAAGAAGCGGCGUUUGCAUUGAUGCACAUUCUGGCCAUGAAUAAUAAUGAGAGGGGUGCUAGGAAGAUUGCGGAAAAGUAUCUCGUUCUUUGAUAUGGGGGUUUUUGAGCUAGGGAGAGAAGGAGGGGUUUCUGUGGUUUCAAAGCGUUUAGUAACUUUCCUCUAUGCAAAUGCAGAGAAGAAAACAUCCUGGCGAAACAAGGAUACACAAGAGCAUUUGCGUAGGGAAAGGACCAAACACAGGUAGAUACCCGAGUUCAGCGCAAUAAUGUCCACAUGCUUCUGCUUGCAAUUCAGAUGCAGGGAUUCACAAGCUAUGAUACUACCGCUUAACACGAUAAAGUAGUCUUGUGUAGCAAUAUCGAAG